AUGACGAUUCAAAAGGUUUCUGGAAAUGGCAAUUUUACUACAAAAAGGAAUACUGUCCGACAGAACUAUAAUGAGAUUACUCAAACGGCUCUCACUUCUCUCAAAGAAGUGACGGAAAAAACUGAUCGCCUUCUAUGGCGUUGCGAUCCAUCGCCACAUAUACACAACGUUACCUACGACGAGGUUACGCGCCUGCUACAAGGAUACAUUGAGAAUGAAGUGGAUCUAAACAACGAUGGGUCGUGUCGUCGAAUCUGCUCUGAUUAUUAUAACACAACGAGCAAAAGUUGCUCCGAUGAAAAGUUUUGCGCUCAACAGCCCAAAUGUUCGGGUCGCAUUCAUGACUGCUUAUUUAUAGACUCGAUUCAGUCUGUAUGCCAAUCACCAGAAAACAGCACUCGUCGCUAUGAAUAUGUUAAAUACGGUGAAAGAAAGUAUUUGGGAAAGAACGAAAAGUGUUGGCGGGACGUCAAUAAAGUACAGAGCUGGAAAAAAGGGUUUUUCACCGAGUGCACCUAUUGCUUCUGUCUCUGUGAUGAACAAGGCCCAAAGUCGGAUCGCUACUUCAAUCUUCGAGAAACAUUAUCGGAUGUCAAUGCGAACAAAGUGGUGACUGGAGUGAGGUUUGUGAAGAGGAAUCGUAUAUUCCAUUUGCAAAUCCAGCAGGGAGAACUCUUGCCCAGAGGUCUCAUCAACGAAUCAACUGUGGAGUGGAAACCAGUCGAUAACUAUGAAAUCGGUGAUUCCAGUGUUAAGGAGGGAGUCGACUAUCACACAUUAACUUACCAAAAUCGAGCUAUAGAUUUGGAUGAAGUAACGAAACCAGAUGAUACAACUUUUGUAGUGACCGGUGUGCGAUUCCAGGUUUUGGAUGGACAUCUGAAUCUGAAAGUGCAUUUCAGCCAAUGGGAUUUUGUAAAAGGCAAAUUAAUCGACCCGGAGGUAAAUAGCAUUUGGCAGUCGAAUGAUAAUGUUUACAAUAGAGAACAGCUACGUCUCUAUAAUAAACAAGUGCCAACACUAGCCUAUGAAAACCCGCGAUAUUCAAAGAACACUCAAUAUCUAGAAUUUACCAACUCAGGAGGGUGGGGGGAUGCAUCACAAACGACAAUUCCGUUUAUUGACAUACAGGAAGUCGAGUUCAAACCGCCAGUGCCUUUAGCUGGCAUCGGCAUCCACCACAGAGGUUAUGAAUACGAAUCCAGAUUCGCUAGUGGCUUCGGUGGCUUUGUGGGCCCCAAAAUCGUCAGCUACGACCUUUCCCCUUAUCUUGGUUGA